CCCCUCUUGUUAUAACAGUAUCAUAGAAUGAGCAUUCUUUUAUUCGAGCGCAGGAUAACCCCAUCCUUCCUUUGGGAUAGAUGUCCUCCAGCCAACCAGAUACAUGAACAUUUAUAAAUUUAGUUUAGAGGCCCACUGUCUGUAAAUUGUAAUCCUCAAAGAACACGUAUGCGACAGAGCAGCCAACAGUUUAUUGACAGGUGGACCCAAACAUGAUCCUCCUCUUGCAUCCACCAUUCAUUUGAGAAGGGCAUCACCUCACGCAACCAUCAACCAUAGCUGUACAGAGACGGCCAUUAAAGGAGAUUAUGCAGGCCACAGCACUUUGUAGCAGCAGAGGAACCUUUCUGGUUCAAUCCAUGGCUACCCAGAAACCUUUACCAUCUGUUAAAGGAACUGUUGGCUCUAAAAAGAACUCAACUGUUGUGGGAGCUACACAACCAAUAAAGCUACUCACAAGGGUGGAGGAACUGAAGCUAUUAAGCAAAGCAGAGAAAGCUGGUCUACUAUCAGCAGCCGAGAAAUUUGGGCUCUCUUUGUCAACAAUAGAAAAACUGGGAGUUCUCUCAAAAGCAGAAGAAUUGGGAGUCCUUUCUGCUGCUACUGACCCUGGAACUCCAGGGGCUUUGUUGAGUCUGAGCUUGGUAUUACUGCUUUUGGGUCCCUCUUGUGUUUAUCUUGUGCCUGAGGAUUAUCCUUGGGAGGUGGCAUUGCAGGUUGUUGUUUCUCUGCUAUCAGUGCUCGGUGGAUCAGCUGCCUUUGCUGCAUCAAAUUUUGUAUCCAACCUGCAGAACUCAAACUGAAUAUCAUUAGGCAUAUUUUCUUUAUUGUAAUAAAGAUAAUUGAUUCAGAAAGCUACAUUGCCAUUCAGAA